AUGGCGAACAAGAAGCACACCAGCCUAGAUCGCGAUGUUGAGCAUCGGCCCGCUGAGGAGACGCCUUUGCUGGCACACGACCUCCCCGAGACGGUCGCUCCUAGUCGCGGGUACCAGCUGAAGGUUAUCGUUUUGUCCAUGACCUUCAUCGUCAUCCUCGAAAUCGGCGCAUUCCUCCAAAUUCCGCCGACGUACCAGAUCAUGGAGGAGAUCAUCUGUCGCAAGAAGUACCCGGACCAUAUCAUCACAGAUGCAGUCGACGACAUCUGCAAGGGCCCUGAGGUGGCUGGUGAACUGGCCAUGAUUAAAGGAUGGAUGAAUUCGUUUGAUUGCAUACCUUCACUCAUUACAUCUAUUCCCUACGGUAUUAUUGCUGACAAGUACGGCCGUCGGCCGGUACUGUCGCUGGCCAUGUUUGGCCUCCUUCUGGAGUUUACGUGGAUGUUGCAGCCGCUCUUGUGGCCGAACGUGCUGCCUCUCUGGACAGUUUGGUUUGGAGCCGCCUUCCAGUUCAUCGGUGGAGGCGGCGGCAUGGUGCAAGCCAUGGUCUGGACCAUGAUUUCUGACGUGAUUCCCAUCUCCAACCUAACGGCGGUCUAUUACAAGAUUGGAGCGGUCGCGCUCCUAGGAGACCUGGUAGUUGCGCCCUUGAGCGCAGUCUUGCUUACCAAAAGCCCCUGGCUGGCUCUCAGCAUGGGAAUGGGCUUGAUUUUCUUCGGGGCGUGUCUGCCCCCUUUCAUCCCGGAGACGUCUGAGCUGCGGCGAGCCGCGGACGAGGAGGUCGAGCAGAGACUGAACAGGACCAACGACGACGCUGAACGGGACAAACGCAGUCUCCGGGAGCAGAUUGUGUUUGCGAUGAAGAAUGACAUGAACCAUGUCUACAACUUCCUCAUCAGGUCCAAGAGGAUCCUCGCGCUCAUCAUAGGCUUCAACCUGACGGUGAUUACCAAGUACGUGAGAAUGGAAAUCAUGUCGCAAUAUGUCCACAACCUGUUUGGGUGGUCCUGGGCAAAGGCUACGCUUCUUGGUACUGUUUCCACCGUCACAAACAUGACGAUGUUUUUGGCUGUCCUCCCGGCGGCGAGCUGGUACAUUACCAAACGGACGGCCAUACACCCCCUGAUCCGCGACUUGUGGCUGGUGCGGAUGGCCGGUGUGUUUUUGACGGUUGGUUGCUUCAUGAUCGCCAUUGCAUGGUCGCCUGGAUUCUUGAUUGCCGCUCUUGUCAUAUUUUCCAUGGGUACCACCUACACCAACAUCUGCCGAGCAGUACUCAACGCAGUCGUGGAGCCGCAUACAAUCGGCACCCUGAACACGACCAUUGCAUGGGGGGAGCAGCUAAGUUUGCUUAUAUCGGCGCCGGUGAUUUCAGCUUUGCUGCGGGCUGGCGCUGCCGCUGGUGGUGUAUUGAUGGGGCUGCCGUACAUGGCGUCGGCGGCCAUGGCUUUGGCUGGUACCCUUCUCGUUUUCGCUUACCGUUUGCCUGGUGAUAAGCUACUCUAG